AUGAACAUGGACGUUACCGAUGAGCUCGGUCGAUCGUCAUCUUUGCAAAGUCCCACGGGCGGCCAGCUUCGGCAACCGACGAGGUCUUCGCCUCAAGAGUCAGCUACAACCACUGCAACAGCCACGCCAAUGGCCAAGAUCAAGGCCGAGGACAUACCGGAAGUGCCCGGAUUGGUGUUGGACGAGGAGUUCAAUAUGCUUUUGUCUACGUCGCCUCCACAGCUAAAAUCAAGGAGGAACUCAAGCUCGCUGGCUGCGUUCACCCUGCACCCACCACCGAAAAAGGCCUCGCUUGUCAAGGAAGAAGAUAUCUUUGACUCGCUGAGCGGCGAGCUUUUCAUGCGCCAGCCAAGUAUGAUCGCGCCUGCUGAUCCUAUCGAUCCGAUCGAGCAUGCACCACCUGUACCUGCACCCACUGCAGGCGAUGAAACUACAAAAGAGAAAAACGCACGGAGGCUGCCGGAGCCGGCGACGCAGGCGCCGUUUCAACUGCAUUCACAGCCACAGCUGUUGGCCCAAGGUCAGGGAGGAGAACAACAACAAGAAGAUGAUGAUGAAAUUGACCGCAGAGCCAGAGUAUCGGCCUAUGCCACACUAGAAUUUGACAAUACUGUCUUUUACGUGCAGACACUUCAAGUUGUCCUAGGCAGAAAAUCACAAGACGAGCUCAUCCAGCAAAAUGUCGAUGUUCACUUGUCUGAAAAAAAGGCCAUAUCAAGAAGACACGCAAAGAUCUUCUACAAUUUUGGCACGCAAAGAUUUGAAAUCUCGGUGCUUGGUAAAAACGGAGCGUUUGUCAACGAGUCAUUUGUUGAAAAGGGGAUCACCAUCCCCUUGGUCAAUGGCGUCAAGAUCCAAAUUGGCGACAUCAAGUUUGAGUUCAAGCUACCGGACGAGCCGAAAGUUGAUGAAAAUAACGAACAAGGAGGCCAAUCUGGACCCAAACAGUUUAACCCUAGUGACGCCAUCAAUUUGAAGUCUAACUUAUUUUCAAAGACACCCACGCCGAAAAAUUCACCCAACAAGAAAAUGCCCGAUCUUGCAGAAGUGCCCGAGUUGCAGUCGACGAGUCCCGCUCAGCCAGCGCUCAGCCCGCCUCCUCCUGCUGCUGCUGCGGUUAAGCCCAAACAGCGAAAGAUGAGCAGGAGGGACUCGCUAUUGAAACUACGGCGCUUGUCUAAAUCGCAAGGAACCAGUGACGAAAUAAAUGAAUUGUUAAAGGGGAUCGGGUUGAACCCGAUUGGUGAUGGGAGUGGAGCAGGAGGUGUAGGAGGAGGAGAAGAGCCAAUGGAUCUUGAUGAUCAAAUACGGCUUCUUUUAGAUGAAGAUGCAUCUAACUUGGGAAUAGAAACCAGCGAGGGCAAAUCGGCGUCGCUCUAUGAUGAAUCGGCAAUAGCCGAUGAUGAUGCUGCUGACGUUGCCGGUAACGUUGGCGGUGGCGAAAACGAAAAUGAUAAAUUGGGACACGUUGUCAAGAGCUUUGAUCAAGCUGACCAUGAAAUCAAAGACUUGGACAUGCAAGUGCGACAUUUGGGGCAGGAAAUCUCCCAACUUUCAAGCCAGCCUCAAGGUGGCGACCUGAGCUUGAUUCAGGAAAAGGAAAUGGAAAAGAAACACUUGGAAGAGUUGAAGAAGCUGAAAGAGUUGAACUUGCAGCAGAGAAGAAACUCAUAUGUGAAAAAUGCCGGUCCAAUAAGCAGGGCCACGCCGCUUAUGGGGAAACCCGCAUCUAUACAACCACCAGCAUCAUCGUCAAUCUAUAAUAGAAUCCACGGACUAGACCGAACGGGGUUCCCGUUCCAUUCUGGAGGUCAGAACCCAGCGAUGUUUGCCCCUCCGCCAAAAUUGAUUGCCCCAGUUCACAUUAUCACGUCCGAGCCAUCGGCAAUUAGACCGCGACCGCCAUUGCGAGCCAUUACCAUAAGCGAUGUGCCGACUCUUUCCACCUACUACUAUCCAAAGACGCUAGACGAACCUGGCAAAUAUCCCAAGCCCAAGAAAUUGAAAAAAUUACCGCCGAAAAAGACUGCCAAAAGAGUAUUCAAUGCCGAAGAAAUCCCAGAACAAUGCCGCGUCAAGCCUAAUCUCACCUAUAAUGCCAUGAUUUUAGAAGUGUUAAAGACGUCUGUUGCAGCACAAUCGGGCUUGACCGUAAAUGAGAUUUGCGAGUCGAUCAAGGAAGUCUACCCUUAUUAUAAAUAUUGUCCCGAUGGGUGGCAGACAAAUGUUGGCCACACCGUGAAGUUUUCCAAAUUUUACAAAAGAGUAGCCCAUACCGGCUCCGAGCCCAAACACGUGCUCGAUGAGCUUUACUUGGACGAAAGAAAUGCAGUUAGACAGCAGCAGAAACAGAUUGCUGAGGCGAAAGCCAAAGCUGAGUUUAUGAGACAAGAGGAAAUCAGACAACGGCAGAGAUUGGAGGCGCAACAACAGUUUAAUAAUCAAAUGUAUGUGAAUAGGGGCGUCUAUUCUCAGCCCAAGUUUCAAACACCGACGCCAGCGUUUGCUGCUCCAGCUGCGGGCAUAACUCCAACUCCAACUACAGCUUUGGGUCUUGCACCAGCUCCAGUUCCAGCUCCUCCAGUGGCCCUAGUGGCUCCAAUUGCAUCUAAUGGCCCUUUACCGACGGCAGCACCACCAACAACGAAAAUCGAACCAGCCCAAAAUACAGGAAACGGAAUCGGAGUUGGAAUUGGACUUGGAAAUAAAAAUGGAAAUGCAGCAUCACCUUCAACGCCAGUAGCACCACCACAGCCGUCUAUGAGUGACCCAGGAACACAGAAAUCCCUCGAGUACUUGAGAAAGGACUUGUUCUCGUUGUACAAGUCUCGGAACUUAUCAUACGACCGAGAAACAGCAACGAGUUUGAUAACAAAGGCGUUAGCCACCACGAUUGCUCAAGUCAAUAGCAUUGGUGCCAAGACAGGGUGCGGUGAUAAUGCGUUGGCGUUUUUGGUUGAAAAAGCACCGCAACAAGUGAGUAAAAUCUUGGGGAUUGCCUUGACAAAGUCGAUUAGAGAGCAUGAAGGCACGAGCUCUAAUUCUUCAACAAAGCCUAGUACCCCUGUUCAAGCACGAGCAGUUCCUGCCUCGAUGCCUAUGGCUCCUCCCUCUGCUCAACCUGUUGCUACACAAGCUCCACAAGCCACACAAGUCCCUCAGAUACAAGCUCCUCAAGCUACACAAGCUACUCCAGCUACACAAGGUGGCCUCAAAGCGAGCUCGUUAUCGCCCACGAAGGAAAUUUCCAGCGCUAAAAUUCAAAAUGGGCAAUCCAUACCAUCACCACAAGCUCGAGCUACUACCGACACCUCUCGACCCGGACAAGGCAUUUCGCAAUCUCAAUCUCAACCUGCAGCCUCAGCUCAAAUACCAACCUCGACGCGGGCAUCACCACCACUACCACCACCAACACCAUCAUCGGCCAUCACUCAACCAGCCGUUUCCAAUGCUUCAAGUCCAACAGCAACAAAUCCCGCCACUCAAAAUAAUAGCAAUAGUAACAAUAAUAAUUUUUCCCCAACUGGACCCUCAGUCGUGGCCCAGAAUAAUGGAACCUCACGGCUUCCACUGUAUGGAAAGCCACCUUCAUUAGGUCGCCCUAGCUAUAUGGGACGGCCACCUUCUUAUGGCAAGCCACCGGGAGCCGGUAGCGCGUUGUCGAGACCGCCGUCAUUUCUAUCAAAUAAACCUACGUUUCAGAGUGGGAUAAAGAGAGAAUCCGACUCUAGUAAACAGGAUCACGAGCCUGUCUCCAAGAUCCCUCGGACGCUGGAAUAG